CGCCGCUCUGCAACAACUAAACUGGAGCAAAGAUGCACGAAGAGGAGGACGGCGGCGAGCCGAGUCCGCGCGGCUCACUGCGGAUCGGCUCCUCCAAGUCCCUGGACGUGCCCGAGGCGGAGGGCGGGAAGGAGCAGGCCUCCAGACUCUGCGGAUACCUCCACAAACUGUCCGGGAAAGGGCCUCUGAGGGGCUACAAGCCGCGCUGGUUCGUCUAUGACCCCAGAAAGUGUUACAUGUAUUACUUUAAGACUCCGCAGGACGCGCUGCCCCUCGGACACAUCGACAUCAGCGACGCGUGCUUCAGCUACGACCUGGACGGAGAAGAGGGCCAGUUUGAGGUCCGGACCGCGGGGAAAGAGUUUCUGCUCAAGGCUCCAAACAGGCAGGUGAUGCAUUACUGGCUCCAGCAGCUGCAGCAGAAGCGUUGGGAAUACAGCAACACACGAGGUUCCGGACACAGAGACAGCUGGAGCUCCCCCAUCAUGGCCCACCCCCCCACAGGUCUGGUGGCCAAAGACAACGAUGGUGUGAUCUUUGAGAAGCUGAACGACAGCAUGGAGAAGGUGCGCAGUGACUUUGCCAUGGAGGCUGAGGCCGACAGCUCAGUGGGGGACAGUCCCUUGUCCAGGGGUCCCUCAGGGUCACCCGCCAACCCACUCAACACACUCAGAAACUUUGGCACUGAGCUUCGAAACUCCAUGUCAUAUCUUCGGGCCGGGCGCGACAGCCGGAGGAGUGUGUUCUACACGGCCAACAGCAGCACAGUGGAUGAAUGGGAGCUUCUGGACGCUCCUCCCAAAGACGUGCCCAUGGACGUCAAACACAAUGAGGCCCACAGACAUUCCUUCGGCUCGGCGUUCACUUUUGACUUUGGGCGCAACUCUGGUCGAAAUAAGAGGCCACUGUUGCCGGGGCGACUGGGGCGGGGCAGUGCGGACAUAUCUGUGGAGUGUAACGGCAGCAGACCUGUAGACCUGCACCUGCGACUCCAGAGCCAGCAGGAGGAGCUGUGCCGAGUACAAGAGGAGCAGGCGCAGCUCAGAGAGGAGCUGCUUACUCACAAGGAGCUGGUUAGACUUCUGCAGCAGACCCUCAGAUCGUCUCAGUGUGACUGGCUCCGCACAGCUCAGACCUCAGCUCCUUCAGACCCAAACGCACCGCACCCUGACCUGACCGAGCCUCCUGCUGUGACCCCAGAGGCCCUGUCCCAGCUAGAACGCCUCCUGCAGGACAGAGACACACAGAUCCAGUCUCUGUGUGGACACAUGGAGAGGUUAGCUUUGGAGAAGGACAGUCUACAAAAGGAGCUGAAGGGGCUGAAGCUCAAAGUGGGAGAGAUGAACGAACAGCUAGGGAUGCUUAUGGAGACCAUCCAGGCCAAGGACGAGGUCAUCAUGAAACUGUCCCAGGAACAGAGCUCGGAGGGCGGACACAGCGAGCCCGGCUCCCCCCUCUCCAGCAGAGAGCAGAGCGAAGUGGAUAUACUCAAGGACAGCCUUCAGGGAUACAAAACUCAAAACAAGUUUCUGAACAAAGAGAUUCUGGAGCUGACAGUGUUACGUCGAAACGCAGAGAGCAGAGAACGGGCUUUGGAGGCAAAGUACACAUCUCUGGAGGCCAAGCUGUGCCAAGUGGAGAGUAAGUACCUGGUGCUGCUGCAGGAGAUGAAGACGCCUGUGUGCGGCUCCUCAGAGAGUCCAGCUCGAGAGGUCAUCUCUAGACUGCUGGAGGACGCUCUACAGGGAGAGACCACAGAGCACGACCAGCUCCUGCUCAAGCCAAACACUGUCAGUGAAUAUGACGUGUUUGGCUUCAAGACGGUCCCAGAGGAGGAGGAAGAGGAGGAGAAGUUGGUGGCGAAGGUGCGAGCGUUGGAGCUGAAGUCCUUGUCGUUGACUGAUCAGGAGGUGUCUGUGGGGGUGAAAUGGGAGAAUUAUUUGGCAGGAACCAUGAAUCGGAACCUGACCCGCUCACCAGAACUAAAGAGCCUGGUCCGCUGCGGAGUCCCUCAUGAACACCGCUCCAAACUGUGGCAGUGGUCCGUGUCCUUCCACGUCAAGAAGCUACGGGACCACAUCGCCCCUGAUUAUUACGAAACCUUACUGAAUGUGGCCAAAGAGAAACCGAAUCCGGCUUCUAAACAGAUCGAGUUGGACUUACUGCGAACUUUACCCAACAACAAGCACUAUUCCUCUCCCAGUGCACCAGGAAUACAGAAACUCCGAAAUGUCCUCACGGCGUUCUCCUGGAGGAACCCGGACAUAGGAUACUGCCAGGGACUUAACCGAUUGGCGGCCAUCGCUCUGCUCUAUCUGGACCAAGAGGACGCCUUCUGGACACUCAUCGCCAUCGUCGAAGUUUUCAUGCCGAGGGAUUACUACACCAAAACUCUGCUUGGCUCACAGGUGGACCAGCGUGUCUUUAAGGACCUGAUGAGUGAGAAACUGCCCAGACUCCACGCUCACUUUGAGCAGCACAAGGUAGACUUCUCCCUCAUCACCUUCAACUGGUUCCUGGUGGUGUUUGUGGACAGUGUCGUGAGCGAUAUCCUCUUCAAGAUUUGGGACGCCUUCUUGUACGAGGGCCCGAAGAUCAUAUUCCGUUUCGCCCUCGCUCUGUUUAAAUACAAAGAGGAAGAGUUUCUGAAGCUGCAGGAUUCCACCGCCAUCUUCAAGUAUCUCAGAUAUUUCACCCGCACCAUCCUCGACUCAAGGAAGCUGAUGAACAUGGCGUUUGUGGAUAUGAACCCUUUUCCAAUGAGGCAGAUUCAGAGCCGCCGAGCGUUCCAUCUGGAGAAGGUCCGAUUGGAGCUGAAUGAGCUGGAGGCCAUCAGACAAACCUUCCUCAGAGAGAGAGAGAGCAGCCAGGAUGGGCGGAGCUUCGUCAGCGAUGAUGAUGAGGACAACUGAAGACAACUCAAGACGAGCACACCUCAGAAAAUUAUUACACAACGCCAAGUGCUGCCACUCAGUGUUAAUGCCAUAGACUGUAUAUAGAAAUGGACAUAGCUAACCCGCUAGCCACUGCGUUCCAAACAGGAAGUGAGCAUGGGUGCACUAAAUUUCACUUUCUAUUGAAAAACUGUGUCCUCUCUCUCUGUAACUGCUGCUGUCAGACUCGUCAUUUUGCUCUUAAAUGUUCAUAUUAACCCCUCUACAUGAUCUUGGGGUUUUUACUUCACUAUUUUAUCCAAAACUUAGGAUAUGAACAUCAAUAACAAACAAAUCAGGAACCUUCUUUCCCCAAGGUCGCUCCAGCCUGCGUUAGCAACAGGUUUGAGUGACAGUGUUGCUAAGCGCCCGGUCUUUGCUAAACCAGCGGUGCAGAUGGAAAGGGGCGUGACCUUCAACAGCCUCGCUCCGGAUUGGCUUUUUGGUUGCAAUGAUACUCGCAGCCGGAAUGCCAAAUAAUUCCAAAAUUGGCCGUUAUAACUCCUAGCCUCGAUGAGCUUCAUUUGACUGGAGCCGAACGCUGUGAGUGACAUGACACUCACUUAGUCCACUUCUUUACACAGUCUGUGGUCAGUGCCUCAUUAUAUAGACACUGUAUCUGUUGCCUGAGCAGCCAGUCCCUUCUUCCUGGUUGGCAAACCUCCGUCCAAUCACAGUCGCUCGUUUGUGUCUUCUUGAAAGUUCUUGCAUCAGAACAAUAAUUCAAAACUCCUUUUACGUGAGGUAAAUAACAGUUUGUUGCUUCACUUGUUGAUUCCACACAAAUCCACGCUGUUUCUAAGGUCAUUUUCACACCUUAAUGGCUCUGUGGAGUGCCCCCCAGUGGCUCUAGAUUUAGUUCCGUUUACUUCACCGUUGUGCUGUGUAUGUCAACAAGACCAACACACGCACACUCACGCACACUCACGCACACUCACGCACACUCACGCACACUCACGCACACUCACGCACACUCACGCACACUCACGCACACACGCACUCACGCACUCACACACGCACUCACACACGCACUCACACACGCACUCACACACUGCGCAGACACACCCAACCCAUUUGUGCCAUACUUUGGACAUGUCUUUUGUAAAGUUUUGUCAUAGUUUGUGGUUCUGGCUGGACAGGUGGCGGUGCAGUGUGGAAGCUCACGUUCUUAAUCAGUUUUUGCACAUCUGGCUGUUUUUAAAUGAUCGGCCAUUUUAUCUGUUGAAGGACUUUUUAUCACUUUUUAUAAUCUUUGUAAUUCUUAAUUUUACCCUUUGUUUACCUUGUAUUGUUCUGUCGCUGGUCUUUUGUUGCACUUAAUCUAAUUGUGCUGAAUUAUUAUGUUUGCUGAAACACUUAACGGUCCUAUAUUACACCAAAGUGACUCUUGUGAGCUUUAAACUAUAUUCUAAUGCUGCUACCUCCUCAGACCUGGAGUUGUGUUUUGUUUCAUUCACACAUGUUUGAGUAACUUUAUUAGUUGGUCUACAUCUCUACAUCUCUACAGCUCAAAAUACUCUGUUCCACCUUGUGAUGUCAUAUAGUAGUUUUUAAGUUAACCACUAGCCUUUAGCUCUUGUUCAGUAGAGAUUGGCAAUUCAGAGCUAAAAUGAUCCAUAUGAUUCUAGUGAAGGUAUGUGGAGUUUAAAAACACACUGGAGCACUUCCUUUAUUACCACAUGAUGGCAUCACAAAGUGGAACAGAGUGUUUUCACCCUAAAUUAUGUAGGGUUUUUUGUGUUAAACAUGUGAAUGAAACAAAACACAACUGCAGAUCUGUUUGUGAUGAGGAAACGGCAUUAGAACACAGAUCAGAGAAUAGUGUAAUAUGGGCCGUUUAAAUAGCUGGUCACGUAACUCUCAUAUCACGGAUCCUUAAGUAUGUGACACGGUUAAUUAUGACUGCUUUAUUAUGACUGCUGCUUACAUAUGGAAAGUUGUACUUGUAGGAGUUGGCCAUAAGGGGGCGGUAGAGCAUCGUCUGUUUGCUGAUUCUGGAUUACAUGUGGACAUAAAAUGGUGUUGACAGGUACCGGGAUACAUAUGCAGAGUAACUGUAAUCUGGUACAGUUACUUUUUCAUUUGAAGGUAUUGAGAUUACAGUUACUUUACUAAAUUUAAACAAAUACAUGGCGGUACUUGAUCACAAAAUGUAGGCAUCAACCUGCACAGAAUCAGUGAGAAAAAUCAAACUGCUUUGUGAUAAACAGAGCAAAUAGAGAACAAGCAUAGAGCUGUUUUUAAUCCUGUGUUGCAUUUUUACUCUAAAUGCAACUCAAUGUAAAAGUGUUUUAAAUAUAAAGUAUUCAGAUAUUGCUCUGAUUGGACAUUUUAAGAACUAAAUUUCUCAUUCAGUUUACUCGUAGACCUCCAGAAAAAAUAAUAAUAAUUGUUUGAAAGCUUAGAUCUAAUCAGCUCUGUGGAACAACUGUGUGACUACAAGACCUGUACUUUUAUUUAAAAUUUGCCUCUGAAACUUCAUAAACCACCAAGUUGUUUUUGGACUUAAAACAACUGCAUUAUGGAUAUUGGUUAGUACGUAGCUGGUUAGCCUGUAGCCAUUAGCACAUAGCUGUUAGCACAAAGCUGGUUAGCCUGUAGCUGUUAGCACAUAGCUGUUUAGCCUGUAGCCAUUAGCACUGAGCUGUUAGCACAUAGCUGAUUUGACUGUAGCUGUUAGCACAUAGCUGGUUAGCCUGUAGCCGUUAGCACAUAGCUGUUGGCACAAAGCUGGUUAGCCUGUACCUGUUAGCAGAUAGCUGGUUAGCCUGUAGCCAUUAGCACAUAGCUGUUAGCACAAAGCUGGUUAGCCUCUAGCUGUUAGCACAAAGCUGGUUAGCCUCUAGCUGUUAGCACAUAGCUGGUUAGCCUGUAGCUGUUAGCACAUAUUUGGUUGGCCCGUAGCCAUUAGCACAUAGCUGGUUAGCCUGUAGCUGUUAGCACAUAUUUGGUUAGCCUAUAGCUGUUAGCACAUAGUUGGUUAGCGUGUAUCUGUUAGCACGUAGCUGGUUAGCCUCCGCGAUGCCUUCAAUAUUUGUUUUCUAAAAGUCUAUGGGAAAAAUGAAUGUCAAAUUUAUUUGUGGGACCAGAGUGAGCUCACCGUUUAGAUCCAUUCAGGGUUUGGUUUUUUGGGUUUUUAAAAAAAUAUAUUUUCACAGUAUUCUUCUCAUCACUGUUGAAAUCCCAGUGUUAAUACAAGUACAGAAUUCAAAGAGUUUACAUAAGCUCCAAAAGGUACCACAGAGAAACACAGCAAAAGGUAAUAUCAAGGUUACUCAUAAUUACUUAAAUUACAAAUAUUUUUACAUGAUUUGAGUAGAUUUGACUGGACAAAUCACACGCAUAAUACGCAUUUUCAUAUUAAGCACAAAAACUCUUGUUCCAUUGGUGUCUAGUCAAAUCUGCUCAAAUCAAGAUCAAGAAAAUUGUAUUAAUUCCAGUAGUUAAGGGUAUGCUAGACUAGGUUUGCCUUUUUGCAGGGUCCGGCUGUAUUUGAGCUGUGUACUAUUCCACAUACAAGUGCUUUUAAAGUGCCACUUUUUCACAAAUAUGACUCAACGAUGCUGAAAAGUCUUUGUAUUGUCUUAUAUCUUUUAUAUACACUUGCCAUGUGCCUUUCCAAACUUUGCUUCCAUAAAUGCUGAGUUAUAUUUAGCACUUGUGAAAGAUUGUGAAUGUGAAGUAGAUGGCUUUGGGAGCAGGUCUCUCAGACAGAUGCAGGUUUAGUUAAGAGUUUGUUUGGUUCAUUCAUGAGCUGUAUUUCACAUUGAAUAAGCUAAAUAUUACUUUCUAUGCUUUUCUUACCACAAAACAGUAUUAUGCACUUGCCUUUUGUAUAUCGAUCCAUUUUGGGAAUCAUUAUCCUUUCUAUUACAAAAUUGUACUUGUCAAUCAAUAAAUAUCAGCUGACUG